AUGGUAGAAGCCAAUUUUGUAUCUGCCGCGGAAUUAGAAGUCGAAUUAGAGUGGAAAGUUAUAGAUUUAAUGCGGCUUGAGCACAAAAAUGCGGAGUUUAUUAAGGUUAUUAUCAUAAUUUUCUCGUUUUAUUUCAAAUCGAAAUCAAUGUUUUCCCAUAUGAUAAAACAUCAGGUUAAUCCUCAGCACACCAUUCCAUUACUGAUUUUUAAUGAUGUUGUAAUUGCUGACAGUCAUUCAAUUUGCACUUACUUAAGUGAAAAGUUUGGAGAAACCGACAGAUUGUAUCCGAAAGACUUGGUAAAACGCUCUUUAGUUGACAGUCGUCUACAUUUUGACUCUGGACAUUUGUUUGCCAGAAUGAGAUUUUUAUAUGAACCCAUAUUAUACAACAAAUCCAGUGAAAUGCCAGAAGAUCGUAUUCAAUACAUCCAAACUGCAUGGGAUAUUAUGGAACGAUUUUUGGAAAAUUCUUUAUACGUUUGCGGUGACAAAAUGACAAUUGUCGAUUUAUGUCUCUCCGCAACUGAAUCAUUGACAGAAAUUUGCUCAAUGGAUCAAAUUGCCCAUCGAAAUGUGAUCAUGUGGUUACAGCGCAUGUCACAAUUACCGUACUACGAAGAAUUAAACAGAGAUCCUUCAAAAAAACUUCAAACUUGUGUCAUUGAGUUACAGAAAAAGAAUGCGGGAGAGUUUUAAAGGAGAGGCAUUUUUCAGAUAGUACUAGUUAAAAAAUAUAUAAAUUAUCGUUCACCC